AUGUCUCAAGAUGGCCCAGCCAACAAAGCUUUCAAAUGGACUUUCGCGGACCUAUUCUCGGUGUGGAUGGCUGCACUUGCGGCACUGGCCCUUGCACAACCAUGGCUCUUUGCGUGGGUGGGGCCCAAGACCAGCCGAUUUCUUCUGGUGACCUUAGUCUUCAUGAUGGGGAUGACUUCUCAGCCGGAGGACUUUAAAGCUUGUGUGGGAAAGGUGCGUCCAUUGCUCGUGAACUUCAUCGCAUGCUUCGGUGUCUUGCCCGCGGUUGCAGUGGGAAUUGGCCGUUCUUUGGACCUUAGACAGGACUUUUUGGUCGGCUUAGUGCUCAUGGGCGGCGUCAAUGGAGGAUCGGCAUCGAACCUCUUCACCCUGAUCGCCGGUGGAGAUGUCGCACUCUCUGUCCUCAUGACCAUCACCACAACGCUUGGGGCAGUUGUUUGCACUCCACUGGUGGCUGAAGUCUUUGUUGGUGCCAUUGUGCCAGUAGACUCCCUCGGGAUGCUGCAGUCAGCUGUGGAGAUGGUUCUAUUCCCAAUCCUUUGUGGUGUGGCCACACGAGCAGCCUUGCCUCAAACGACCCUGAGAUUGGAACCUCUCAUCCCGAACUUGGGACUCGGCACUGCACUUCCCUUGAUUGGGGGCGUCCUUGCAGGUAAUGCCCCUGCGAUUUUGAGCGCCGGACUUCGCUUACAUUUGGCGACCCUGGCCUUCCACCUUGCUGCAGGCCUUCUAGGCUACGCAGCUGCAGCCUUCACAGGCUCUGAUGAGCGAAUCUGUCGGACGGUUGCCAUUGAAGUGGCGAUGAAGAACAACAUCUUUGCAUGUUUGUUGGCCGCGGCCCACUUUGAGUCCAAGGCAGUGCAGAUUCCACCUGCUACUGCCUGCAUUUGGUGUCCGAUCGUUGCAGCUGCCAUGGCAAGCUACUGGAAGUCUUCCCUGCCACGAAAGGUCAGUGGGGACGCUGCAGGAGAUGCUUCAGCCUUCUUUCGCAUGGGCUGUGCCGUGGCCAGAAUUUCUGAACAGCAGAACCCUGGAAUAGUGAUCUUGGAGCCGUUGCUUCCAGACCUAUAUGCCAGCUGGCCGCGGUUGCUGGAUGUGGCAGAGACAGCCAGCAUCUUUGGUUUGCUGCCAAAAGGUCAGUUGGAUCAGGCUUGGAAGGCUGUUUUGGCUCCGGCCCACCGAGCGGCUCGAGCCUUGUGCGAUUCCAAAGCUGCCAAGCGCGCAGGACCGCUGCUGAGACUUACUUUGGAGCCAGCAAUGCUGUUGCAAUCAGGAUCCCUUGGCAGUGAAAGGCUGCGACUGGUUGUUCUGCCAGGAUUUUCUCUUCUUUGCUGGGCUUGCGCGCUGCAGUUGCCUCGUUUAGUGCGGUUGUGGCCGGCGCCAAGCAGCAGCCUUUUGGUCGAGACUCUGGAUGACCAGGAUGGUCAGAUCUUUCUGCGGAUUUGGCAUCCUCGAACUCAUCUUGAACUCCGACCCUCUUGGCACCAGGAGGAUGGUCCAAUUCCUUUGGAGCGUUUACAACAGGAGCUGGGACUGCAGGAGCCCCUCCGCGGCAAGACCGGAGCCUCCGGAGCCUCCGGGGUCACUGUGACUUGA